AUGCUUAGGUCUUCAUUUUCUCAAAAUCUACGGAUGUUCGUAAGACUUUAUUCUGCAUCACCGACAACUGGAACUGCUUCAUUAAGGUCUAAAUACGAUAAAACUGUCUUCAAGCCGCUUAUACUACUGCUUAUAGUGGGCUCAAUAGCUACCAAUGUAAUUGAACAAAAGAAAAGACAUUUUGAGAUGGAAAGGCGUUAUAAUUUAAAAAUACACAUUUUAGAGGACUUGAUUGACCGGGUUAAAUAUAAUAACGAUACUACUUUUUCAGUUGAACAAGAGCUAUAUCUAGUGAAUAAAAUGCUUGCCCGACAUUCUGGAGCUAUCUCUUUGAAUCCAAAAAUAAGGAAUGAACCGGAGCUAGAAGAUUCUUCAACCGAACCAAACUCCCCACGUAAUGGUGAUACUAAUAAAAAAAAUUAUUCUGACAUGGAACUUGAAUCUGUUGAAGAACUAUUUAAAAAUAUUUUUGAUGAAAUUAAUGAAGUUUCAGAAAAGGACCACUCUGCUUCUUUAGAUAUUCAGCGUCAGUCAAAACCUAAAUCACACCCGUCAUCUGAUGAGAUUGUGAUAGAUAGACAAAUAAUUGCACAAAAUGCAAAACAGGAAAAGCAACAGAAAAUGUUUAAACCUAACACUGAACAGCAUGUCAUAGUACCGAUUCCCGGUGAUUAUGUUGCUGCUGCAGAGGCUACAAAAGUAUCUCGUUUUUUAUGA